CCUUAUUAUAAGAACACUUAUAAGAUCACUGCAUGUUACCCACCUCAUGUAGGCUUUGGUGAAAUCUGGAGCUACUUACACAGUGUCUGCUGCGUUACUUUUCUCUCUUCAGCCUCUCUUUCCACACAGCUGCCUGGUUUGACAGGGCAUCUUGGGGCCUGCCCAGGCUGGGAGGAGGCAGGAAGCAGAGGUCCUUAGGAGUGCUGGGAGGGCUGGUGAGGCUUGGGGUUUCUGCUGCCUGGUGAAGCCUCCCUGAGGGAACAGGAAGGACUCGUCCCCAUCAGCCAGACCACUGCAGUCAGCCUAGAUCUCAGUGCCAUGGUCCUGUUUUCCAGGUGGCUUCUUCUCCAGGGUCAGCCCCUGGACUGUGAUGCUGGCUGUUUUUGAUGUUCUCCUGGCUGUCGGCUUGGCAGUCACUGGUGCUAUCCUUCUGAGAACCAGGAAAGCCAAAGAGAAACUCGAUGAAGAACUUGAACAAAGAACUGCACGAGGAGAGACAGGUCUCAGGGAAGCUCGGAGAUUUGCAGAAGACAUCAUUCUGGAUACGAACACUGCUCAUCCAUCCCUUGCUGUAUCACCUGAUAGGAAGCAUGUGCACACUCUGUCUACGAUGCAGGAUAUUCCUGACAAACCAGUGCGAUUUACUGUAAUGCCAUUUGUGCUUGGUCAUAAGAGCUUCUCUAGUGGCAGUCACUAUUGGGAGGUGGAAGUAGCAGGGCAGGACAGGUGGCAGAUAGGCCUCUGCUGGGAUUCAGUUAAACGAAAAGUCCUUCAUAUGUAUACCUUCCCUGAAAAUGGUUUCUGGUCCCUUUCCCUGAGUGAUGGUAGGUAUGAAGGCCUCACUGUGCCACGUUUUGUUAUUGAUGUUGAAACCCCCCCUGAUGUUGUGGGGGUGUUUUUGCAGUAUGAAAAAGGGUUGAUUUCUUUCUAUAAUGUGAAUACAUCUACCAUUCUCUAUACUUUCAAAAGCAAGUUCACCCAGCCCCUGAGGCCAUAUUUCUACCCUGGACCUCCUACCCAAAAAAGCACUCCAGGCCUUACAAUCCUCCCAGUGCCAAGUGAUUCUGAUUCACCCUACAGCAGUCACUCCUCGGAGGUUGAAGUAGCAAUGUGGAUAUGAAGCUAAUAGGACUCUGCUUGGAGUCAGUUAUAUGAAAAAUAACUUGUACCUAUACCUUCCUGAGAAUGGUUUCUGGUCCCUUUCCCUGAAGGAUGGAAAAUACUAAUUUCUUUCUGUCCCAUAUUUAGUUAGUGAUGUUGAAGUACCCCCUAAGAUAGUGGGGAUAUUUUUGCAAUAUGAGAGAGAGUUGAUCUCUUUCUGUGAUUUGAAGGCAUCUACCAUUCUCCAUACUUUCAAAAGCAAGUUCACCCAGAUUCUGAGGCCAUGUUUCUACCCUGGACCUUUUAUCCCAGGAAACACUAGUGGCCUUACCAUCAUUCAGGUGCAAGGUGGGUAUGAUUCUCUCUGAAGCAGAAUGCAGACACAUUCCCCAGGGGUCAUCCAAUGGACCAUGAGGGCAGUGGCCAUUCCCCAGCCAGGGUGCUGCAAGGCUGAAGUGUGAAGAUCAGCCAAGGGCCCCGGCUCCUCCCUGUGAUAUGGGGACCAAGAAUGAUCCUCCUCACUGGGCUAGCUCCACUGCUCAUCAAAACCUGCCAUCCUAGCUGGAUUCACUACUGAAACUGAUAAGCUUCAUUUCUCAACAAUAUCUCUUUUAUGUUUCUCACCCUGCCUAACAGCCAAUUAAGAGCCAUUUGCUUUCAGUAAAAAUCUAUUGGUUCUUGAGAGCUAAGCACCAAGUGCUGAUUAUUUCCAUGACUGUCUUUGAGCCAAAAUUAGUAACUUGAACCCAGUGUUAUACUCAGAGCCUUUACCUGAAUAAACUCACCUCUUGUAGCAAUGGA